AUGCGGAUAGACUCUCCUAUGAUCAUGUGCUGGCUCGUUGUCGUUGUGCUUAUCUCGCUGGAGGCCAACGUUUCGGGUCGAAGCUCACAAAUCCGACGAAAGCGGUUGCAGCCAUACGAACCAGGUCCGCUGGUAAACUUUGUGGGUGGAGGGUCCGGUGCUAGAUGUGGUUCGGAUGGCGAGCACUCUCAAGACGGUAAGUCAUCCCAGACGAAGCAGAAGAGGCCGAAACCGGGAAGCGGUGCCAAGGCAAGGGCAUCCGGGAUAGCCAUGCAGGCCGCAAAGGAGGCCAAAAGAGCCAACGAGGACAUGGCUAGUGCCGUCAAAAUAGCAGCCGAAAAAAUAAAGAAUGAGUAUGCUGACAAGGCCACGGCUGCGGCCAAAGCCGCCGAAGCUGUCUUGGACGGGAAAAGUCAGGUUCUGGACCAACUGGACGCUGAAGUCCACGAGGCGGAGGUGGUAGUGCAGGAGGAGAACCAGGAACUGGCCACCGCCGAAACUAAUGUCCAGCUGGCUCUCAAGGCUAAUCGUCAGGCCCAGCAGGAGCUCAAAAUGCUAUCUGUGGGUCUGAAGCUCGCAAAGGAAAAUUUGGAAACCACCGAGCAGGUGUCCAACGUGUGGGCCCAAUCCGUGGCAGAUAAAACAGCUCUCCUGGAAGCGGCUCAGCGGCGAGUGAGCGUCUUGAUGCGCCAACUGGCCGAAGCCCGGUCGGACUUCGAUAAGACCAGAAAAGCGGCCAACAACGCGGCCCGGGCUGCACAGGAUGCCAAGCAGCGGAUUGAGCCAAAUAAUGAGCCGCGACCGGAGUGCGAACGCGGAAGACACAGACGUGCCUGGCAAGAAUACGACAAAACCGAUUAGAUUAUUAUUAUAUAUAUUUGUAUAUUACAUUCUGCAUACAAGCAUG